AUGUCCCUGCCUGGGGUGACCUGCAGGGUUUGUCUGCCAUCAGGGUGGCCUGUGGACAGCCAGCACCCCAUCCCCUGCCGCCUGCCUUGCCUUCUUUACUGCACUUUGCCCCCUCGGAGCUGCGUACAGAGAUCCACGCUUGCAUCUGCCGUGCUGGGGAACCUGACGCGGCUGCCGAGGUUGGGCGAGGUGGGGUGUGGAUUGCUUGGCCAGGGGCUGUCGUGGGGCUUCGCGCUGGGGCCCCCAUGGGCUUUUAGAGGCCGUGUCAGAGCACGUUUGACUGGGUGGCAUAAAGGCAGGCACAUCCAGAGGUGUGAAGGCAUGCUGCCUGUGAAACGGCUGGGGUUCGUGCUUGCACAGACUGUGGUCAUCGCCGAUUCUGUUUCUCUGAAGAGGCAGCAAGACCAGAAAGACCCACUGCAGAAUGAAGAGGAGCCAGGCGAGACUGCAUCAGUGGUGAAUGAUGCCCCUCCGCCUUACAGCAGCAUUUCUGCAGAGAAUACAGCUUAUUUUGAUUACAAGGAUGAGUCAGGAUUUCCUAAGCCUCCAUCUUACAACGUGGCCACAACACUGCCUAGUUAUGAUGAGGCAGAGAGAACCAAGGCUGAAGCCACAAUUCCCUUGGUUCCUGGAAGGGAUGACGACUUUGUGACACGGGAUGACUUUGACGACACCGACCAGCUGAGGAUAGGGAAUGAUGGCAUUUUCAUGCUGACUUUCUUCAUGGCAUUCCUCUUCAACUGGAUUGGAUUUUUCCUGUCUUUCUGUCUGACUACUUCAGCUGCAGGACGAUAUGGGGCCAUUUCUGGGUUUGGUCUGUCUCUUAUUAAGUGGAUCCUUAUUGUCAGGUUCUCCACCUAUUUUCCUGGUUACUUUGAUGGCCAGUAUUGGCUUUGGUGGGUCUUCCUUGUACUAGAUGUUUUCUGGCAAAUGUCUUCCUGCGUUAGUGAAUUCUCCCUCAAGAAGCAACAGGACACCUGCAGGAAGUGAAUCAAGACUCUGGAGCAGAAGAAAAAAUAAUCACCUGCUUUAAAAUAAAUAAAUAAAAGUACUGUUG